CACACCAUUUCAUUAUCCAUUCUACCAAAUAUUAAUUGACUGAUUUUGUGUCUUUGUAUAUUACAUUGUUUUUGUUAGAUCUCUGUAUUUUCCCAUUCAAAAAAAGGCAAGAAAAAUGUUGGCAAUAUUCAAGAAAGGUGUUAUUGAUCCACCAAAGGAAUUGCAGAGUCCAGCCUCAUUACAAGCAUCAAUCAAAGCUGCAUCUCCUGAAGAAACUAUGAAGAAUUUCUUAUCUGCAAAUCCAAAUAAUGGAUUUUCUAUUGGCUUUAUGGAUAAGGCUUUAUUGGCAUAUUCUAAUCAUGCAAGUUCAUAUAACACUCUCCAAAGGUUGUUCUGUGGUGUGAAUGACAUAUAUUGUGUUUUCUUGGGAAGUUUGAACAACCUAUGUGCCUUAAACAAACAUUAUGGCCUAUCAAAAUGUGCCAACGAGGCUAUGCUUGUAAGUGAAGCAUAUCGGACCCUCCGUGACAGAGGCCCAUACCCGGCCCAUGAGGUUCUCAAGGAUCUUGAAGGUAGCUUUGGAUUUGUGAUCUAUGAUCACAAGGCUGAUACAGUCUUUGUUGCCUUGGGUGCUGAUGAAAAGGUGAAGCUAUUUUGGGGCAUAGCUUAUGAUGGAUCUGUUAUGAUAUCUGAUAAUGUGGAUCACAUUAAAGCAAGUUGUAUCAAAUCAUUUGCUCCCUUCCCUGCUGGGUGCAUGUACCAUUGUGAAACAGGAUUAAAGAGCUAUGAGCAUCCAAGUUACAAGAUGAAAGCAAUGCCAAGAGUAGAUAGUGAAGGAUCAAUGUGUGGAGCUUAUUUCAAGGUUGAUGUCUACUCAAAAGUGAAUAGCAUGCCAAGAGUUGGAAGUGCAGCAAAUUGGGCAAAUUGGGGCCAAUAGACAUGAUUUAGACCUCAUUAAAAAAAAAAGGCUAUAUAAACAAAGACUUGUUAUCUUUGUUAUUUGCUGCUGUUUUAUUAAUUGUGUUUCAAGCAUUUUCAUCUUCCAAAUGGACCUAGGCUUUGUAAAUUGACUUGAGGUUCCUAAAUGGGAAGAUUGUCUCUUUUAGCCCUUUUUUUCUCUUUAUUUUGUACUACUCAUUUUGGGGAUUAACCUUUGUAUAGAUGAGACUCUCUCUUAGUUUGCUCC